GACCGUCGUCGCGGACCUCGAGGGGAGCGUGGCCCCCGGCACGACAGACGACAGACCGCCGGGCGACCGGGGGAGAGGAGGCGAGGAUGGCCACGGGGGGCUACCGGGCCGGCGGGGCCGGGGGCGGCCCCACGGACUUUCUGGAGGAAUGGAAGGCGAAGCGGGAGAAGAUGCGGGCCAAGCUCAACCCGCCGCCGGCCGCGGCCCCGGCCCCACCACCGGCCGGCGACCCCUCGGAGUCCGAUCCCGCGUCCGAGCCGGACCCUGCGGGGGGCGAGCCCGAGGAGCGGGCCGGGGCCGGGGCGGGGGCCGGGCCGGGGGCGAGGAGCUCGGGCCCCAGCGCCCGGAAAGGCAAAGGGCAGAUCGAGAGGCGGAAGCUGCGGGAGAAGCGGCGCUCCACCGGGGUCGUCCACCUCCCCCCAGCACAGUGCGUGGAUGAAUAUGAAGAUGAUGAAGCAGGGCAGAAAGAACGAAAGAGAGAAGAUGCUAUUACACAACAGAAUACGGUGCAGAAUGAAGCUGCCACUUUAGAUCAGGGUGGUUCGUAUUUGUUACCGGACUCAUCCAGGACUCUUUCAAGCAGAUAUAAAAGUACAACUAGUGGUCCUGAAGAGGAUGGUCCAGGUCGAUAUUCCAGAAUAGAUAGGGGAGGAUUCCAUAGAUAUAACAGGGAUGGAAAUUCUUCUGGAAAUUCAAUCCCUAAUAGUACAUUGGAAAAGAAAAUUGAAGAACUUGAAAAGGAAGUAGUAAAGGAGAGACAAGAGAAUUUAAGGCUUGUGAGGAUAAUGCAGGACAAAGAAGAAACGAUUGGGAAACUCAAGGAAGAAAUUGAUUUAUUAAAUAGAGAUCUUGAUGAAAUAGAAGAUGAAAAUGAACAACUAAGGCAGGAAAAUAAAACCCUCUUGAAAGUUGUCGGACAGUUGACAAGGUAGAAGGUGCAUGCUGCAGUGAGGAUAAAGAGUUUGAAACUACUGAUUGAAUGUCAAGGUCAAUGCUGGGAUGGUAUUUCCUGUUGCAAUACAUUAAAGUAGCUAAGUGUAUAUAUUUAUUUCUAGAAAACUGAUGGAUGUUUAUUUUCAUAAUAUUUUCUUUUUCAUAUCAGUAAAUAAGUAUCUGCUUUGGAGGUUUCCUUUACCUCUCUUUUCUUGGAUAAGUGUUUUUUUUCCAAUUAUUAAAAUGGACAAGGGUGUAUGAAAUACUCUGGUUUUGUAUUCACAUAAUAUAUGUGAUGAAAUAUGGUUAUCAGCAGUCACAACUAUCAGACUGUAUUUUGCCUAUGGGGGUACAGAAAUGAUAGGAAUAAGUUUUGUUUACAUGGAUCCAAAUAUGUAUUGGGAAAUUUUUGGUGUUUGAGAAGUUGUAAAGUGCAGAUGCCUUAUUAUCGAUGUGUGGCCUUUAUAGAUUGGUGGCUUGCUGUAACCGUCUUGCAUCCUAUUAGGAGAAUUCGCAUGACAGAAUAGCAGUUUUCUGUCCAGCACACUCUUUUACAACGAAACACUGUUAAAUUUUCAGUAAAUCAUAUGCAAUUGACAAUUUUAGCUAAAAGUCUUUUUGGGGAAGUACUUGAAUUAUACUCUAGUAAAUGCAAAUGUACUGACUUAGGUUUGUAUUUUUUUAAUUUAAAGCCAAGUGCUUUAUUUUCUGCAAAGAUAUACAUCUAUUUUUAUGUAACUCUUCCUGUAAUGUUUCAGGCAUUAAAAUGAGUGCCUAGGCAUUUUUGAAUUGAUUAAUUGAACCUUUUAAUGAACAUUAAUAUAAAAAAGGAGAGUGCACAUCACUCUGACUCAUAGGGCGCAGAGUCAGUUAAUUUUUUUAAAUCUCAUCCUCGAUUGCCAUCAUUUAUUAAUAAAAAUCAAAUUAUCCUCUUUAGUUAGAUCUGGUCAAUACAUCUGACACUAAAACUAAAAGAUCAUUUUCAUUAGAAGCAUUUCCUGCCAGUUGUUUAUGCUACUGGGAUAAAACUUCCAACUUGAAAUUUUAAUUCUCACAUAGCCAACCGUCUGGCCUAAAUUUAAAUACAUUUUAUUAAUUUGGGGAAUGUAGAAAUCAAAAUAUGGACUAUGUUGAAGGUUUAUUUAAAUGCCUGAUAAUGCGAGUUCAUUGUUGACGCAUUAAGCGUUGCACACUAAAUUUGUAUGUUACUUGAACCUCUGUAAUGAUGAAGUUGUCUGAUAUUAAGAAAUGUCCAUCAGUAAUGGAUGUUAUUGUCGAGAAGUCUCUUUAUGGACUCCUUAAGCAAGUCUUGGUAUUUUAUCUUGCUAUUUUGAGGCAUAUCUUGAGGGCAAGCACAUCAUGCCUUUGCAGAGCAACAUCGUGGUGAUGAGAGAACGAUUAUGUUGUUCAUCUCGCUUCCACUACAAGUACACACAACAGAGAAAGAAGUUGGGUUGGAAGAAGCUGAGGGGUGCCAAGUUUGCACCCGAGUCUGUUGACUCUUGAAAUUUGGGAGUUCAAUCUGUCAGGACCAAUUUAAGAAUCAUAAUAAUAAUAGUUGUGGUAUGGGUUAAGCGCUUAGUAUAUGCCAGGUACUGUACUAAGAGCAGGGA